CUGCCAGCAAAUAUCAUCGAGCAGUGGGAAAAAUGGUUGAACCUACUCGGAUCGUUGAAAGACGUUAAAAUACCCAGAUGUUACUUCCCCGGCUACAGUCCUAACGCAUACGAUUCUUUAGAACUACACGUGUUCGUCGAUGCCAGUGCUGCUGCUUACGCAGCCGUUGGCUAUUUUCGUAUAGAGGACCGUGGACUGAUUCGCUGUAGUUUAGUUUCCGCCAAAACUAAAGUGGCACCGAUAAAGCUACUUUCUGUACCACGACUUGAACUCCAGGCAGCUGUAAUUGGUACACGACUUCGAAAAACCAUAACGGCGGACCAUACGCUUCCGAUCAGACGUACUAUCAUGUGGAGUGAUUCGUCCACGGUGCUGCAUUGGAUUAGAUCAGAUGCCAGAAAGUAUCGCCAAUAUGUAGCCUUCAGGGUCACGGAGAUAUUGGAUGAUUCCGAUAUCAGCGAUUGGAGAAAGGUUCCAACGGAUAUGAACGUCGCAGAUGAAGCCACUAAAUGGGGUCGAGGCCCUAGUUUCGACGAAAACAGUAGGUGGUUCAAGGCUCCAGAGUUCCUCUAUCGGCCAGAACGAGAAUGGCCGAAAGAAGCAAUUGAAGCUGACACAGUAGAAGAGCUGAAGGCUGUCCACGUGCAUCAACAACAAAUAGAUGAACAAGUAAUUGAUUUUAAACGCUUUUCUACAUGGGAACGGUUGAUUGGUGUGGUAACGUUCGUUCGUCGUUUCGGAGACAUCAAUUUGAGGAAGCAGACAUCCAGCGGAGUCGGAGCAGUGCCGAGCAGCGAAGAGCGGAGACAGGCAGAAACGUUGGUAUUCAAGCUGAUUCAAAUGGAGGUAUACAAGCAAGAGUAUGCAGUUCUACAAGCUAACGAAGACGCCACCGGCGUCAUACGAAUGGGCAGUAGACUAAGAACUGCGGAGUGCGUUUCUCAGGAAGUCAAGUGUCCCGUUAUUCUCCCGAAGGAGCACUACGUCACACAACUACUAAUUGGCUGGUACCACAGAAGAUACAAACACGGCAACAACGAGACGGUAGUGAACGAGCUACGACAACGAGUACAUAUUUCCGAGAUACGAGUUGCCGUCAGAAAAAUCGCGGACAGAUGUGUCUGGUGCAAAAUCAAGAAAUGCUCACCGCAAGUUCCACCGAUGGCACCACUUCCAGUCUCCCGCCUAACACCGUACGUCCGAGCUUUUACGUUCACAGGUCUCGACUACUUUGGACCGAUCAACGUUCGUUUCGGCCGUGGUUGCGUCAAGCGAUGGGUGGCUCUGUUCACAUGUUUCGGGACACGUGCGGUUCAUCUAGAGAUUGCCUAUUCCUUGUCCGCUGAGUCAUGCAAAACUGCAAUUCGACGGUUUAUAGCUCGUCGUGGAGCCCCCAAGGAGAUCUACUCCGAUAGAGGAACUAACUUCCAAGGUGCUUGUGCAGAAUUACGGCAGCAGAUUAAGGCGAUCAACGAGAAGUUAGCGGAAGUGUACACAAAUGCUGAUACCCAGUGGAAAUUCAAUCCUCCUUAUGCUCCACAUAUGGGAGGCGUAUGGGAGAGAUUAGUACGCUCUGUUAAGCAAGGACUACAGCAGAUGCAGCUACCCAAGAACCCGGAUGAAGAGACACUCGUUACAGCUCUAGCAGAAGUUGAAUCGAUGGUUAACUCGCGCCCCCUUACAUAUCUACCAGUCGACAGCGAAGAGAGUGAGGCCUUGAUACCUAACCACUUCCUGCUGCUCAGUUCGAGUGGAGCGGUUCAACCAGCAGUGCAGCCUACAGAUGAACACUCGGCUGUACGGUCGAACUGGCAUCAUAUCAAAGCCAUGCUAGACCGGUUUUGGAAACGUUGGAUACGCGAGUAUCUGCCGGUUAUUGCUCGGCAACCGAAAUGGUUCGGAGAAGUUGUUCCUGUAAAGAUCGACGACCUGGUAAUCGUUGUAGAUGAAGGAGUGAGAAAUAGUUGGACCAGAGGCAGAGUGGUCCGAGUAUACACAGGAAACGAUGGACGAGUACGCAGUGCGGAUGUGCAGACUUCGAUGGGUAUCGUCAGGCGUCCAGUGACGAAGCUCGCGGUGCUAAAUAUUGCCAAGGAAGAAGGUACCGCUUAAGGACUCUUGAAGCAAUACGGGCGGGGGCGUGUUGGCAACACGGACCGACUCGUUCUGUAUCACCCGUAUCAGGAGAAUGACAGGGACUGCUAGGUAGCUAAACAUGUAAAGAGCGAUAGCGAACGAGCUGACCGAUAGGGCAUGUUUUGAAUCGCAGGCAAAAGGAGAAAGAAAAAGUUAUUGAAAGCUACAAGUCACGUUUACAUUUUUUCCUAAAAUAUUAUAUAAAUUUGUUUUGCCUAAUUGAAUUUGUUUCUAUAUUUGAAAUUUGUAAGUACCUACCUAAAAUAAGUAAUAAAUGAACUUACGAACUAAACAUAUUAUCAUGCAGGGGCAGAAAACAAACAAAAAUUCUAGUAUCGAUGUACCUAACAGAUCGGCGGGUGCAUAUACGUAGGACUGAUAAUGUGAGUAAACCUAACCUAAACUUAGUGAAAUAGUAAUAAAAUAACAUUUACUUUUAGCUAAAAGCUAACUCAACAGCUAAAUCACGAGUUUGCUCGUAGAGGUCCGAAAACCAUCCGCCCGGUGACAACACUUUACAAUAUGUCAUUUUGUAUGUUGUUACAGUGAAUUAAAAUGAGAAACACUGCUUUUUUACGCUCUACUCCACACACAAACAACACCUCGAUAUGUAUAAGGUGUAACCCCAAACACCUGCGUUUAAUCGCUUCAUCGUACAAAAACUGAUUAUAUGCGUUUGGUUUUCCCUUUUCUCCCUUAAUUUUC